GACUUUUUUCAAGACAUAUGAACCAUUUGCUUCUUUCUCUGAAACAAGUUCAGGACCGAUUUUUUGCCUUCCUAGAAACAGGUCCAAGGUAAAUAUUACGGUGAUUUCCUGCAAAUAUUGUGCCUCUACAUUUCAUCGAUGUUUAUAUCGUGGCUGAAGCUGUUGCUGCCUUCAGUGGUUCUCCUGAUACCUGUUAUUGCGGAAGUCACGGUAUCGAAGCAUGUAGUCCGCAACGGCACGGUUGUUUGCAGCAGCAUCACGCUGACUACUCACGUGCCUGAUGACGUGCGGCACGAGUUGCGUGACUGUACCCACGUCGACGGGCACGUGAAGCUCCUCAUCGUGCACGCGCAGCCUCGAGACAUGCCGCUCAUGCCCAACCUUGUCGAGGUAAAGGAGAGCGUUUAUUUGUUCCACGUGUCGGGGGUAGAGAGCCUAGGGGAUUUGUUCCCCAAGCUUCGUGUUGUGAGGGGCAAGAGAGGGGAAGUUGCCUUCCUCCUCAGGAACAACCAGGAUCUCGUUGAGAUCGGACUCCCCGGGUUUACGCUUGGGUCGCCCAAGACCGGGCUGGACAUCAGACAGAACUGGCAGCUGUGUGUGCCAGCGAUCCCUCCCUUCACAGUCGCUCCCGGCGUCAUCAAGGACAACGGCGUGUACUGCGAGUACGACAAGCAUGGCUGCCACUUCGAUGACCGCUCCUGCAAACAAUUCGUGGCGUCGAAAUGCUCCUGUCACAACGGGUGCGCCUUGUCAUCCCCUUUGCGGGUCACCAACGACUCAGGCGCGACGGCUGGGCGCAUACGUACGUCUGGCUGCUGCCACGCGCAGUGCCUCGCCGGCUGCACUGCUGCUGGUGAUGCCGGCGCCUGCGUGGCGUGUAAAAAUUUCGCACAAGAAGGCGUCUGCGUCCCUGCAUGUUCCGAAAACUUCAUGCAGUACCAAGGCUACCGCUGCCUGACGGAGAGGCAGUGUCAGCUCGUGGGGGGCAAGCGGCUAAAGAAGGACAGCAUGCAGUGUGUGCUGGACUGCCCAGCAGGAAGGGUGGUGGAGACGCGGCCUGGCGACGCUCUGCCGCACUGCACACGCACCGGCAACGGCAUCUGCGGCAGCAUCACGCUGGGCAGCAACGUGGAGGGCGGGGCGCUGGCGGCGCUGCCCGUCAACUGCACGAGGGUCGUCGGCAGCGUGACGCUUAAUGGUGCCCUCAAUGUUUCGCUGUUGGAGUUACUGGACUCAGUGUUCAGCGAGGGCGUGGAGGUCACUGGGUACGUGCACGUGACGGAGACCUCGCUCAUGUCCCUCGACUUCCUCUUCAGCAAACUCGCCCUCGUCAGGGGGGAAGCCCUCGUCGGCGACGUGCACGCCAUCUACAUCUCGGACAACAUGAAGCUCCAGGAACUACGCCGGCCUCGCCCUCACUUCACAAAGGACUUUCCUCGCGAUUUUGGCCUGGUGGCCAAUGGCCGGGUGAUGGUCAGGGGCAACUCUAAACUCUGUCCAUCCGAGGUGGUCAAUUUGCUGGGCACUGACAUCACGCGCGACUCUUACGAGGCCUUCGCCCUCCUGCACAACGAACGUAACGACGUCAACGUGCCGUGCAACCUGUCGCCGAUCAAGAUCCUGAGCGUGAACAGCACCAGCAGGUCCCUGACGGUGACCUGGGAUCCUAACAACUACAAGGGUCCUAACAAUGACCUCCUGCAGGGGUACUUCCUCUACUACCGAGCCCUCGCCCCCGCCCAGACCGUCACCAUGUUCGCCGGCAGGGACGCGUGCAACGACAGGAGGCUCUGGCGCCAGGUACAGACCCCAGCGUCCGAGGCGCACCUGCGUGGUCUGCAGCCCGGCACGCGCUACGCCUUCUACGUGGAGACCGACGUGCUGCCGUCCUUCGUGCAGAACAACCACGACUCUAUGCCCGGGUCCCGGUCUACCAUCGUCUACUGCAGUACCAUACCUCAGGCGCCGUCAGCCCCCCAGCAGGUGCAGGUGCGGCAGACGGCAGAGGCUCUCAACUCGGUGGCGUUGUCGUGGCUGCCGCCCAGGCAGCCUGGCGGGCAACUAGCUGACUACCAGGUGAUGUUGUGUCGCCUCAAGAGGCCCCCGCCCCCAACAGGUCUGCCCUCGUCUACUGCAGGAGCUUGUCCCACAGUAACACAACCAUCGCCAGCCAUGGAGAAAGACGGAGUCGUCACUCCAGGGCCAGACUCGGCCGUCGGGCUGCAGCUCCACCAUGAUCUACACCAGGCCCUGGAGCCCCAGCAGGAGGCCGAGGACCGCCACCAGGGCGGCGCCCAGGCCUGCUACAGCCCCCAGUGCGACGCCGGAGAGGCAGAGUGGCUGGAAAACAAGCGAAUGCUGGACCGCGUUUACUUCUUCAGUAGAAUUAACGCUGACAUAUAUAAUAGCGGCUGGUCGCCCAAAACAGGGAAGCAAGAAACACAAACGACGACGUCGCCGCCAUCAGCUGACCCUCAUAGUCAGGUGGCUGACGUUCCUUCCUCGUCGUUGGCCCCAGACGAGCCUGCGUCAGAAGAUAAGUACGUCCACCAGGCGCCCCUGGAGCAGCAGGAGUUCUGCGGGACGAAAGGCGGCCCCAUCCAGUGGCAGCUCUACAGCCUCGUCGCCUUUGACCGCGGAGAUUGUGCGGUCCAUGUUAUCCCUCACGCGCACGAUGGCAGACACGCCACCCACUUCCCCGGACUUGGCUACUUUGUGGACUUCCAGGUGUCGGUGCGCGCUUGUCAUACGAACCUCACAGCUCCCGUCGGCGCUCCCUUCCCCACCGGCGUCCCUGUGGCCCUUUGCUCCCCGUGGGUGAACAUCUCCCUCACGUCCCCGAGUCUUGAAUCUUUGGAUUCUGUGAGCGAUCUGCAGUUGGUGAAACUUCCGAGUAAGAGCCUAACUGAUCCUCAUCUGCUCGUCGUGUCGCCCGACUUCCCUGACGCUGAGCUCAAAGCAGGACAAGAGAGCCACGGUCUCACAGUCCAGAAUGGAAGCAAGCAUGAAGGAAAUCCUGAGACCAUAAACACAUCACUUGGUUUAGCUGCAAAUAGUUUCUUUAAUGAAUCUUCGACAAACCAUGCCGAACCAGUGAAUCUUUCCUCGAACGCAUCCAUAAAUGUUGGCCUCGAAACUCUGGAUGUCUCUUCUAAUUCUUACUUACUAUCGUGGACUCCUCCUGCGACGCCAAACGGUGGAUGGGUUCUUAACUACUCUCUCGAAAUACCGGGCCUUCUAACCCGAUGCUUGAGCGGCUCAACCCACAAAGUCGUCCUGAAAUCCAUUCAAGAGGCGCAGGCUCACAUGGUCACAAUCACGGCCUACACGUACGCCGGUCCCGGUCCCAGAGUGGGACUGGCCUCACAAUCCCUCACAAUUGAGGGAUCACAGUCAAUGUUGGCAGCGCUGCUGGUGCUGUGCUGCGUCUUCUUGGUCAUCAUCAUCGUCGUGGGGCUGUACCUCAGACAUCGCUUGUGUUACUCUCUCGCGCCCAACGAGUUCGAAAAGCAACAUAACCCGAGCUAUGCACCCAUGGAAAUCUACGACGACUUCUUCAUCCCUGCGGACCAGCUCCUGAUCAUCCCCCCGGAGCGAGGAGGCCGCCUCGGGUCGGGCAAGUUUGGUGCCGUGUCCCUGGGCUGGAUUUUGGAGCCGGCGUCGGGGCAGGAUGCGGAGCCUGUCGGAGAUGGUGAUGACAACGGCCGUCAUGAAGGCAUGCAGGAGCUGGCAAGACGUUCUGAUGGCGGGCGGUGGAGGCUGGGCAAGCGGGUGGCUGUGAAGGAGCUUCUGUGCGACCUGCCAGACCUGACCUUUGAAGAGUACGAGCUGAGGAAGAAGAAGUUCAAGAGAGAGGCCAGCAUCUUGCAAUGCCUGAGGCAGUGUCCGUUUGUGGUUCGUUUCGAGGGAGCUGUGGUGCAGGGACCCAACAUGUACAUCCUCAUGGAGGUCCUGGACGGGGGCAACCUCCAAGAAUUCAUCAGGAACAACCACGUCACUGAGCAGAUGGUGUACAACUUUGCCAUUCAAAUAGCGGACGGCAUGGCAUACAUCGCGUCCAAUCGAAUCAUCCACAUCGACCUGGCCCCUAAAAACUGCCUUAUCACUCGAAGAUUCUUAGUUAAAAUCGCAGACUUUGGUCUAUCACGAAAGUUGGCUCCUGAACGCUGCUGCUACCACUACCAGAUCGAUGUGCCGCAUCGGAAGCGUCUCAAAAUCUACCUUCCAAGCUUCAUUGCUCCCGAGGGACGACGCACUCAAGACCUGCACUCAGGCCACGAGUGCAUCGUCUUCUUCCUGAAGUCCGACGUGUGGUCCUACGGAGUGCUGCUCUGGCAGCUCAUCACAUGCUCCAACGAGCCCUAUGCUGGCAAGGAGACACCAGCCCCGAAGGAUGUGCAGAGAGCGUGUCUGUGGCUCGAGGGGCCGGGAAGGGCGGCCAAGAUGGCCGAAUUGCUGAACAGCUGCUGGUUGGAUAAUCAGGAUCUGCGCCCCUCCUUUGAGCAGAUUGUUGAGCAACUGCUCCCCAUGAUUUCACCAGAAUUUACUAGGGAGUUUCGUCGCCUGUCAUUCUGUGUUCCGCACCAACACCACGACUCCGAGAGUACGGAGGAUGAGGGAGUUGGGUCCAUGCCUGGGAGCUCCAGAAGCGAGGUUGAGAGUUGCCAGGACCUCGCAGAUCAGGUGGAGCUGAGCCGCGCCCAGGGCUGCCUCAGGUUCCUCAGCAGGAGCGGCUGGCCGCCCACCUUCAGCAGCAGGCACCCCACCUUCAACAGCAGGCACCGUGCAGGCUACGGCGACACAGGGCAAAUGACGAGUACACGAGCCAAGGUAAACUCUCGAGGCGAGGGUGAAAAUAAUUCCGUUGAUCUUCUUCGAAAUGACAUGCAAGCUGAUAAAAAGUGGGAGAGGCGAGUGCUUCCUUCGCGCAGCUCUGCGAAGAUUGACGGAGAUGGUCAGGGUGAAGCCGAGAAGUUCCUCAAUCCAGAAUCCAUUAAGCCAAAGAAGCCUCAAGCUAGAUCUUUGGUCCAUAAUUUUCUUGCAACCGUAAAGCUUGUAAAGACGACGAAAGAAACUGAGAAUUUGAAAGCCAAUCGUAAAGUGAGUGAUGCGGAAAACGGUGCUGAAGGAAGGCCGCUAAUAGAUUUCAAAGAAAAUGAGCCACAACGGCUUGAUAAGUGCAAACUUAAUCUGCCUCUCAGUCCAUUAGGAUUUACUCCUUCGCAGGUCGGCAUGGAAACUGAAAAUCUAAAGCAAAAUAUAACAUCGCCUCUUAUGGUUCCAGCGUCACAGGUUACGCGUCCGAAACUGAAGACUCAACGAUGCUCCUUCCACGCCUCGGCCGAGAAAUAUGUAGAUAUGUCGCCUAAAAAUCUUGAUGGUCUGUGCUUGGAUCACUCGACUGAACUUGACGAUGGAGCUGUGUGUAGUUCUUAUGGGUGUGACUUUCAGCCCGAAGAGACCAGCCUUGACGAUAAUUUGUGUGGGUACACGGAAAUGUGUGGCGCUGUAUCACUCAACGAUAUCCCCUCCGUCUGUCAGAUAGAUGUUGAAGGUCAGAAAACACAAGAUAAGGCCCAAAGCCAGUCUUCUGGUAGCUCUUUUGAGGAUAACCUGAAUUUCAAAGAGCAUAUUACUACUCCUGGAGUACAACGAAACAUUGAAACUAAAGCAUUUGUGCAUUCUGAAACUGAUGGCUAUCCAGUUGAAAUAAUCUCUUCGACGAUGAAAGAUUCCAGAUUAUCUCGUUUUUGCUUUGGCAGCUUCAAUAGCAACCAAAAUUUUCAGCGAGUACCGUCCGUGCGUUUCGCUAAAUCUAAUAUUGAGUCGGAGUCAUGCCCCGGUUCCUGCGAAGACUUUUCCAUUGUCACCUGCCCCUCCAUUGAUACGUUGUAUCCUUCAGCAUCAACGUGCACAAGCGCUGUCACCUCACCCUGCGAAGAGUUCUAUGACGUGACAACUCAAAUCGAUAAUCCCGCUGAAUUAAAUCAGUUUCCUAAGCAAGCCCAAGAUGCAGCGCCGCGAGACACGGAUUCCAAGCCCCACGACUGGAAUUCAGAAGAUGCCAUCGGACUCACUCAAAUUGCUCAUCACUGCGACUCAGGAAUUGUCAACGAGCACGACGGCAGUGACAUGUCACUAGAUUGCUCUCUUGAUCCUCCAUUGAACGUGAACUGCCCUCCGAAAGGUACUCUCGCCAAGAAAUCUCUUCAGUCUGAAGGCGGGGUCCAAGCUCCCACUCUGGGGAACUGCUUCGAAGUGCGUUGAUUUCUUCCUCACUGAAAAAUCGCAGCGCAUGCAGCAGAUAAAUUUAACUCAUUACUCUGACUUUUUUGGAUAAGGAAUAGAGAUGUAGUUUGAAUAUGUUAGCAAUUUAUAACAUUUGUAAAAAUGGAUCGAGGCUAAAGCGCCACAUCCAAGUACAUUCACGUAGAAUCAUUAGUUCUGCUUGCGAUGUUUCGUUAACUUCCUAGCUAUGGCUUCUGAAGUAGCAAAUCUUAAUCCGGCUUACGAUGAGUUGUUUAAACACUGAGAUAGGAUGCAGUUUCAUACUUGAAAUUUCUCUCAUGAUUCAUUAUUAAAAAAUGUAGUAUGCAACUGAACUGUUUAACUCAGUCUAAAGUUGUAAACAAAAUUGGUAUUUAUUUAAUAUAAAACUGGUCUGCAUUUAAGAGGUUGCACAAAUUUUUUGAGGCAGUCGUGAAAUAAGAACGUCUAUUGAAAGUGGCAAAUACCUGGCGUCUUAAAAUCUAUCAAUUUUGAAAAAAAAAAUAUUAGAAUCCAUCUGCUGGUUUUGUUUAAUGUAGUUAUAAUAAGUAUGUACGUGUAGAAGUAUGACCUGAAUUUCAAUAACAUGACUUUAUUUGUAAUACUAAGUAUCGUUAUUUUUAAGGCGUUUUCUCCCAAAAUAGGCAUAGCAAAUUAGCAAUGCAAUAGACUAGUAGCCAAGACACGUAUCCAGAACAUGUUCAUACAACGCUGCCUGGCCUCGCAAAUCUGCAAGGCCAUUUACAAUCG